CCGUCACAACAACAUCAGGUCACAUUUUCCCAGACAAUAACACAGAGCCCGUCAUCCUUGUGACAACCCAGGGCCAACGACAACAACACAGCUACAAAAACUUCACACAUUUAGCGGAGCUGCAAACAGACACAUCAGACGCUAGAAAAUAUACAGGCUUAGCCUCCUCUCUAAUACAUUCUGCCUUUCUUUUUGGCUUCAUCUGACUCAGAGUUUUCAUCCAAGAUGUUUGUCAAGACUCUCCUUCUCGUCUGUGCCGCUGUUUUCCUCUAUGCAGAUGCUGAGGAUAAAUCCAGAGUCUACAGGAGGCCUUCCUGUGUGGGGAUGAGCGUGGCUCAGGCAUGUCCCCUGAACUACUCUCCGGUGUGCGGCAGCGACGGCGUCACAUAUCCAAACGAGUGUUCUCUGUGUGUCCAAAGACUGGAGAGAAAUGCUGACAUUUUGAUCGUGGCGGAUGGACCCUGCUAAGGGUGACCCUGCUAAGGAUGACAUCAUCACCUGUAUUUUUGACUUUUAAAUGUAACCGUUAAACACACACACACACACACACACACACACA